AUGAUUAGUACUCAGGAUGAUGAAAAACAAUGGACAGUUCUUCAUUAUGCUGUUGAAUCUUAUAAUAAUUAUUUAGUUCAAGAAUUAACAUCAAAAUCAAUAUCAUAUCGAUGUGAUGCCAAUAUUUUAACUGGUAAUGGUGAAAAUGCUUUACAUAUUUUAUCUUUAUCAGAUUUGGAAGAAAGAAACAAAUCUUUGACUUCAAUGGUUCAAUUACUUAUUGAUAAACUUAAAGUUGAUGUUAAUCAUGCUGAUGAUGAAGGUCGUACACCUUUACAUUUAGCGGUUAUGCGAGGUCGAUUCUCCUAUGUUCGAGAUUUAAUUGAACAUAAAGCAAAACUUGAUGUUUUAAGUAAAUUGAAUGCAAAUAUAUUACAUUUUGCUCUUAUUCCUUAUGAUAAGACAAAUUCUAUUGAUUUGUUCAAUAUGAUAAAUUUUUUACAGUCGAAAUUAUCAGAAAUAGGAAAAGAUUUAUUAAAUGAAUGUUCAUUAGACAAGAAAACACCUCUUGUAUUUUUUGCAUUACAUCCAUUAAUGACAAAUCCAUUCGGAUCUAAUCAAUGUGAACAAGAAGAAUGUGCACGUGAAAAACUUAUGAAGAUUUUCGUUGAGAAUAUGAAAGAUGAAAAACAAAUUUUAAUAACAUUUCAAUGCAUUGCUCAACGAAAAGAUAUUCAAUAUUUUGAUCAUUUAAAAUAUCUUAUAAAAGAUUCAUCAUCACUUCCUAUAGAGAUAUUGCAUCUCGCAUGUCGUUAUGACAAUCUAAACCUUUUCAAUUGGCUUAUCGAAAAUGGUUCCAAAGAAUAUCUCAAUAAACCUAAUCAUACUAAAUAUACACCUUUAUUAACUGCGAUAUUUUAUAAUUCUCAACAAUGUGUUCAAAAAUUGAUCGAAAAUGAAAAUAAUAAUCAACAAGAAAAUCUUACAAAAACUGGACCAUUAAAUAACGAUAAUAUUUUACAUAUCUGUGCUAAACAACAAGUCUCGGAAGAUCUUUUUAACAAAAUUAUCGAGAAAUUAUCCUUGGAAAACAAAACAAAAUUAUUACGAGAUCAAGAUAAUGAUGGUAAUCUUCCAUUACAUAUCUUAGCUCAAACCAAUACUAAACAUAAAUGGGAUAUGGCAAAAAGAUUUAUUGAAGAAAUGACACGGAUUACCUUUUCCAAUGAUUUGUCAAAAAUAGUUGAAUUAUUUCAAAAAAAAAAUCAUCAAGGUAGAACAGUUGCUCAUGAAGCAAGUCGACGAGGACAUUUGGAUAUUAUCAAGCAGAUGUAUGAAGUCAUUCCUAACGAGAAAAAGAAUCAAAUGAAAAGUGUAUUUAUGCAUGAUAAAAACGGAUUUACUUGUUUACAUUUAGCGGCUAUGAAUGGAAAUGAUAAAGAACAUAAAGUACUUGAAUAUUUAAUUAAAACUGUACGUAUUGAUGUUGAUGUCAUUGGCGAUCGUCGACGUACACCUCUUCAUCUUGCUUGUGAAUAUGGAAAUCGUUCCAUAGUUGAAUAUCUUAUAGAAAAUAAGGCUUCAACGACAUUACGCAAUGCAAAAUUAUACAAUGCUUUAGAAAUUUGUAUCGAAAAUAAAGAUGAAGAUUUAAUAAAAUAUUUAUUUGAAUGUCCAAAUUGGCGAGAAAUGAUGCAUAAUGCACAACCAAUUCAAGGAACAGAUGCAUAUGAUACACCAAUGAGAAAAUUAAUUCGAUAUACGCCGAAAAUAGCUUUAUGGAUGAUAAGAACAAAAUUAACACAAAAUAUUGGUGGAACAGAUCAAACUGUAUCAAAAAAGAUUUAUGAUUAUGAAUUUUAUGAAGAUAUGUAUAUGAUCAAACAAUGGUAUUCACAAGGUGCAAAAUUACCACCUGAAGAUACAUCAUGUAAAGCUCAAUGUCAUAAACUUGGUGUUAAUUUUAUUUUUGGUUGUGUUUGUGAUACUCAUUGUUGUAAUUCAUCUGUUCAAAGUGAAGAUCAUAUACAUAAACCAUAUACAAAGGAUUCUUAUACAUUAGUUCGAAAUCAUCCAUUAUUUAUUGUUUCACAACAAUCGAAAUAUCCGGAUUUACUCGCAGAUCCAUUUCAUCUUAAAUUACGUAAAAAAAUGUUCCAACGAUUUAGUAGAUAUUGGUUAUUAUUUUCAUUUGCCAGUUAUAUUAUUUUACUUGGUAUUUGGACAUCUGUUAUACUUCGUGGAAAACAUCCACAAUAUUUCUAUAGUUUAGCUGGUUAUAAUAUGACAAUGGAUAUUGAUACAUGUGAACAAGUUGCGAAGAAACUUAUUUUACAAAAUAAUCAGGAAGUGUUGAAGACAACUGAUUACAUUCGACUUAAAUUUGCUCUCUAUGCUUGUUUUGUCUGUUUUAUUCUAAAAAAUGGUAUUUUAAUUAUCGCUCUUUUUCCAAAAGUUUUCCGCACUGGAGCUCAUUAUGUUGAAGCUGCUGCUCUUACACUUUCUUUUAUUUAUAUUGUCGAUUGGUAUGAUUGGCAAAACUCAAUUAUCUUUCGAUGUCCUCUUCAAUAUCAAAUUGGAGCAAUGGGUCUUCUUCUUUCUUGGAUAAAUCUUUUAACUUAUGUCCGUUGCAUUCCUUGGUUUGGUGUUGGUAUUUAUAUUGCCAUGUUUCAAGUCAUAAGUGUGAAAUUUCUUCGUUUUUUACCUGUAUUAAUGAUAAUUAUUUGUGGAUUUGGUUUUACUUAUUGGAUGUUAUUACAAAAUCAACCUGUUUAUGGUACACCGAUUGAAGCUCUGAUACGAACCAGUUUAAUGAUGUUCGAUCUUGGUUAUGAAGAUCGACUUUACAAUGAACCAGAUCAAAUAGCUUUUUACAAACUCGUUUAUGUGAUAAUGAUCUUAACAGCGAUUGUUUUUUGUAUUUUUAUUAUCAAUCUUAUGAUUGGUCUUGCCGUUGGUGAAAUUCCAACAUUAAUGGAUGAAGGUACACUUUGGAGAAAUCAAAUGCUUUAUAAUUUUUUAUCUGAUGCUGAAAUUUUACGUUUGCAAAUUUGUCGGUUUCUUAAUUGGAUAUGUUGUAAUAGAUUGAAUCGAAUGCAGUUUAUGCGUCGUCGACCUGUUCGUUUGUUAACACUCGAUGAAAGAGGAAAGAUUUUCUAUGAAAGAGCAUGGCGUUAUACAAGAAAACAUUUUUUCAAUGAACAAAUUCAAGAUAACAUCAACUCUACGAUAUACAAUCGCGAUGAUAAAUAA